CAGACCACUUUCUUAGAAAGCUCCACAUUUCCACCUCUCCCUCCUACCACAACCUCACAAGCCUGUCCACACACACUCUCUCUCUCUCUCUCUCUCUCUCUCUCUCUCUCUCUCUCAACAAUAAGAAGAAAAUUGAAGAUUUAAAGGGUGUUGGAUAGAUUGAAUUUUCGAUGGGAACUUGCAUUAAGAUGGCGAAGAUGCUGGGGUCGGAGCAAGACGAGUAUAGCUUGAAGCUUGAGGAGACAGAGCUACGUCUGGGGUUGCCUGGAGGUGAUAAUGAGACAGUGAAGAAUUCGGGGAAACGAGGGUUUUCGGAGACCGUUGAUUUGAAGCUUAAUCUUCAGACUGCAGAUUCGAAGGACCUCAAUUCAGAUCAUGCGGUGGCGAAAGAGAAAAACCUUCUCUCAUCCACCAAUAUUGACCCUGGCAAGCCUCCACCUCCCAAGGCCCAGGUAGUUGGUUGGCCACCCGUCCGAUCAUUCAGGAAGAACAUCCUGUCCUUCCAAUCGACAAAGAGUGGAAAGGAUGAAGGGGAGAAGGUUAACAACAGUGCCACCUUCGUGAAGGUUAGCAUGGACGGCGCACCUUACCUCCGUAAGGUAGACUUGAAGAUGUACAAGAGCUACGAAGAUCUCUCCCAUGCCUUAGAAAAGAUGUUCAGUUCCUUCACCAUGGGUAACUGCGGAUCUCAAGGAAUGAACGGUAGGGAUUUCAUGAAUGAAAGCAAUUUGAUGGACCUUUUGAACGGUUCUGAGUACGUCCCCACCUACGAAGACAAGGACGGCGAUUGGAUGCUCGUCGGUGAUGUCCCUUGGGAGAUGUUCGUGGACUCAUGCAAGCGUCUGCGUAUAAUGAAAGGAUCGGAGGCCAUCGGACUUGCUCCAAGGGCCGUCGAGAAAUGCAAGAACCGAAGCUGAAGGACCGAGCCACCACAGUCUGCUCAUUCGAUCUCAGAACUGACCCGUUACAUGUACCAGUUUCUGCAAGGCAGGACGGGCAAAAAGGAAAAAGAAAAAACACAAGCGAGAAAGAUCGAGCAGGGUGUUUGGGUGUGUUUGUAUUUGUGGUUUGUGAAAUAUAAAUAUUAUGAAAGACUUGGGAUAAUUUGUUAUGGAGUAGGAAACAAUAACACUUAUGUUUUUGAAGACUUGUUGUGGUGUAACUUGUUAAUUAAUUGGGCUUUUAAUAUCAAUUCCAUUGUUGCUGUUGUGUGUGCUUUUA